AUGGCUACUCCGGCGCAUCAGGACCAGUCGCAGCUGGUGGUUGACCCCAACACACUUCCUGUCGAAGCCGAACCCGUCAGAAGUCAGACUGAAUCUCACGAAGAUGCGAAACUUUUGAAGUCAAUGGGCUACAAGCCAGUCCUGCAUAGAACAUACACUCUGGUUGAGAACUUCUCAACGACAUUCGCUGCGUUGUACUUUGUUGGAGGUGUGCGGGUCACAUUCAGCACCGGUAUCGCAGCAGGCGGUAACCUGGCUUACUGGACGAGUUACCUGGUAACCAUGGUCUUCACUUACAUUACUGCUGCGGUCAUUGCAGAAGUAUGUUCGGCUUCUCCGUCUGCAGGAUCCAUCUACCUCUGGGCCGCAGAGGCGGGAGGCCCUCGGUUCGGUAGACUCCUGGGCUUCGUUGUUGCAUGGUGGAGUACCACUGCAUGGACGACGUUCUGCGCCAGCAACACUCAAGCUGCCGUGAACUACAUGCUUUCCGAGUUGACUGUCUUUAAUGUCGACUUUCCGAAAGACACCUCCAGCGUCAAGUUCCGCGCCGUACAGUGGAUCUGCACAGAGAUCCUCCUGGCAUUGGCCGCGCUCCUGAACUAUCUGCCGCCCCGUGCAUACAAAUGGGUCUUCUACUGCUCGUCCCUCAUCGUCCUACUGGACUUCUUCCUCAACCUAAUCUGGCUGCCCAUCGGAGCCGCCAACACCUGGGGCUUCCGCACGGCGGAGGAGGCCUUCAUGUCCACGUACAACGGCACCGGCGCCCCUGCAGGCUGGAACUGGUGUCUGUCCUACCUCGCGACGGCCGGUAUCUUGAUCGGAUUCGACGCUUCCGGUCAUGUCGCCGAGGAGACCAAGCACGCCUCCGUCACCGCCGCCCGCGGUAUCUUCUGGAGCACCGUAGUCAGUGGCAUUGGCGGGCUUGCGACGAUCAUCCUCUUCUUGUUCUGCGCGCCCGACGCAGACACGCUCUUCUCCUUCGGCUCCCCGCAGCCCUUCGUGCCCCUCUACGCCGUCGUACUCGGCAAGGGCGGCCACAUCUUCAUGAACAUAAUCUGCAUCGUCGCCCUGUGGCUGAACACAGCAAUCGCCAUCCUCGCCGCCUCGCGCCUGGUCUUUGCCGUCGCGCGCGACGGCGUCCUCCCCUUCUCGCACUGGGUGUCGCAGGUCAAGAACGGCCAGCCGCGCAACGCGGUCAUCGUGGUCUGGGGCGUGGCGGCCCUGAUCUCGUGCACCCUGCUGCCGUCAGACGUGGCCUUCACCUCGCUGGUCUCCGCCGCGGGCGUCCCCAGCGCCGCCGCCUACGGGCUGAUCUGCCUGGGCCGGCUGCUGUGCACGCCCGACCGGUUCCCCAAACCGGAGUGGAGUCUGGGCCGCCUCAGCAAGCCCUUCCAGUUCAUCGGCGUCUUCUGGAACGCCUGGGUCGUCGCCAUUCUCUUCUCGCCCUACGAGUUCCCCGUCACCGGAGCGAAUUUGAACUACGCCCCCAUCAUCAUGGCCGGUGUGACCAUCUUCGCCCUGAUCUCCUACUGGGUCACCCCGGAAAGCGCGUGGUUGCCGAUCGAUCGCAUUUCGCAUUUCAUCGAUAGUAAAGGGGCGGUGCAGAGCUCGGUUGAGGAGGUUGGCGUGAGUAGCACCAGUCAUGGUGGUGGUGCUCGUGCGCUGAAUGGCGAUCGCCCUUCUUCGGAGACGGCUGAGUAA